AUGCUUGACAAGUUGAUUGGGUUGGCCAUGCUCGCGGUUGCCGCCACUGUGUUUGCCUACUACACCACCUGGGUGUUCGUGUUGCCGUUUGUCGACGCCGACCUGGUGCUCCAGCUGUUCUUCUUGCCCCGGGAAUACGCCAUCAAGCUUCCGUUUCUUCUCCUCGUCAUUGCCGGGCUUGGUGUGGGGACGUUCAUUGGUAACGUUAUGGUGAAGAACGCCGCCAAGGAGAAGGCGAAGAAGAAGGCGUAA